AUGGCUACUUGGGAAAGUCAACAAAUUACCGACUCGACUCCUCAAGUCAAGUUCGAGGCAUCCCCCACCGAGUCUCUUAUGUCAGCACCCGGCGACUCAUACACCUCUCUCUUCGACACAUCCACAUUGAACCCCCUAGAAAGUGUCAUGACUCCUCAAUCGUGUGACAGCGAAGAUAGACUCGAUGCCCAAACUACCCAGAGCACGCCUUCCCCGGCACCUGAGAACUCAGAAAAGAAGCCGGUGAAGAAGCGGAAAUCAUGGGGCCAAGUUCUUCCGGAACCCAAGACCAACCUACCUCCAAGAAAACGAGCCAAGACCGAGGAUGAGAAAGAGCAACGACGAGUCGAGCGAGUUCUCCGAAACCGUCGUGCCGCACAAUCUUCCCGGGAAAGGAAACGUCAAGAGGUGGAAGCUUUGGAACUACGAAAUAGGCAAUUGGAAGAACAACUACAAAACCAACAGAAGACAAAUGAAUUGUUGAUGGAUGAAUUGAACAAGCUUCGAGGAGCUUCCGGUACCAGUCGCGGCUCGUCUCCACUUGACGGCCUUCAACCCUCUCCUCCCCUGACUCUAUCACAACCGCUCUUCCGCGUAUCGCAAGAUAGUGCGGCGCAAGAUAAGCCUGGCAUGAUGAAUGACUUUAUCCUUAUGUCCGAACAGGACGGCACCGUCGAUCCUGCUUCCCUAUCCCCCGAGAUGACCCCUGUCCCCGAUGACAUUUUCCCUAAGUCAUCUGCUGAAGAGGUUGCGACAGCUUCCACUUCCGCGGCUAUUUCCUCCGACGAGACACAACAUCCAGCAGCGGUGUUGUGCGGCCUGCAGUGUCCGUCGGUGGAGGUUCCGCAGUCGUGGGUAGCCUCGCAACAACCGUCGCCUCCGGCGCUGUCACUCUUCCUACAGCUUCAAACGCUUCUGACAGCCUCUUCGGUGAUGCUUUCAGCCUUACGACACCCUUUGACGUUGAUUCGUGGAGCUCUGAAGGCCAAUUUAGCCCUUCAUCCGACCCCCUCAAUUUUGAGUACAAUAAUCUGGCUAGUAACUCGACCCCCCAAUUCCCCGACUUCGACUUCGAACAAUUCCUCAGUACCGACGACGUCAGCGGCGCUGCUCCAGGCGCGACCGCGGGAAGCGACUCUAUCUCCCAAGACCACCCGGAACCAAAUUUUGGCCUCUUCGACUCUGAGAAUCAAAUCCCUUCGGAAACUCUUAACCAGCAGCCCCAUCUUGGCGCGUCCACUCAAGGAUGCGACGAUGGAGUUAUUGCGGUUGGUGUCUGAGAAGGGACGCGAUGUCCGAGUCGAAGAGCUGGAUUUUGGUUUCCUGGGUAUCAAGGGCGACCAGAGCCGUGGACCGCGAAUGUGGCCAGACGGCACCAGCUUACCGUCGCGAGAGGUAUUGCUCACAUUACUGUGGGCAAUCACUGUCGAAGAACGGAAAUUAUUACUAGUAGGACCGAGUGAGGCGACUACAGCCUCCUCGGCAGGAUCCCGACUCGGAUCAUCAUCAAACGUCCCAGAACAACAGACAGAAAGCCAACCAAUAUCAUCUCAGAACUUUGUAUUAUCGGUGACAUCAAAAGGGGAAAGAGACAUGACGGAACUGGGCGGUGGAAAGCAAAUAAGGCUUUCUCCCUAA